GACAUGCUCUGCAGCCUCUUCAACCUACUCGGCAACCCGGGCGAGGGCGCGCUGUGCUACAUGCAGGGCUACGCGACGCAGUUCUUCUGGGUAGCAUCAUUCCUCUGGACCACCACCAUCGCAUACACGCUCCACCGCACGGUCGUGAGGCACAAGGCGGACGUGGAGGGCCUGGGGCCCUACUUCCACGUGUAUGUGUGGGGCACUGCCGCGCUCAUGACGCUCAUUCCGUCCCUGGGCAGCGACUAUGGUCCCGCAGGCGCUUGGUGCUGGGUUCAGAAUGAGACAGUCAUGGGGAAGGUGCUGCGCUUUCUGACCUUCUACGUGCCUCUGUGGUCGGCCAUUCUCUUCAAUGGCGUCAUUUACUUCCAAGUCAUCCGCAUGCUAUCCAAUGCCACGCGGAUGGCAGCUAACAUGGCAGAUAGGCAGAAAAUGGAAGGUCCAGCAAGCUCCAAAGUCUCAAGUGCCAUGAAUCGGUGGGGGUAUUACCCUCUGAUCCUCAUCGGAUCGUGGACGUGUGGAACGAUCAACAAGAUCCACAACCUCUUGGAGCCUCACCACCCGCUCUUCAUCCUCUACUGCCUGCACAUUGGCACUGCCGCUCUCAUGGGCCUCUUCAACUCCAUAGCGUAUGGCUUCAAUGCAGCUGUGCGGCGCACGCUGCGGGAGAAACUCAUGCAAAACUGGCCUGAGCGGUUGCGGGUGUGGGGGCCAGCCUCACCCACCUUUCUGAGGCUGGAAAGUGAUUCGGCAGAGGAAAGUGAGCUGGCGUGCUUGGGAGGCACAGACACGGAGAAUGAAACAGAGCCAGAAACUGAACCUUCUUGA